AUGAAUUAAAUUUAUUUAUAGGAAUUGAUUAUAAAAAUUGUCUUUUAUAAAAUUUUCCCGCUGUAGAAAGGAACCACCAUGGACCUACUGAAGAAGAAAUUUCAUAUUCAAAUGGAUGUUUUUAAUUAUUUAUCGAAAAACGAAAUCAUAAAUAUAUGUCGUAUAUGUUUAAAAAAAGCACAUCAUGUAAAAAAUUUAUUCUCUGAACAAGAAGAGUCGAAAAGUAUAUUAAUCAAGAUUCACACAUGUUUCCAAAUAAUUUUAAACUUUGAAAAGUAUUUUCCUUCAGUAAUUUGUGAGAAGUGCUUAGAUGAAUUAAAUAUCGCAUACGAUUUUCGACAAAAGUGUGUAACCUUUGAAAAACGAUUUUCUAAUUUUUAUAAACAAUUAUCUGGGAAAUAUAAUGAUAAUAAUGAUAGUAAUGAGGUUGAAGAAAUUAAAACUGAGAAAGUUAUUGAGGAGACAUUGCCAUCAGUGUCCGAUAAACAAACAGAUGUACCAGUAGCCAAUCUUAUACAAAAUAAGUCUAGAUGUACAAUUUGCAACAAGGUACUAAAAACUCAGACAUCAUUAAUAAAGCAUAAAUAUUCUAUGCAUAUAAGAAGAAAACACCUCGGUAAAGUAACAGGGUUUGGGGCAGAUAGACGGUAUCAUUGUCCCAAGUGCUUGUAUAGCACUCCUCACAGUCAAACUCUAGUAAAUCAUAUGAGAAGGCAUAAUGGAGAUCGUCCUUAUCACUGUGAAUGUGGUAAAAGUUUUACACAAUCAUCAAGUUUAACAGCACAUCGUAAAACACAUAGUGAUACUACGAAUUAUACUUGUGCAAUGUGUGGAAAACAAUUUAAACAUGCCUUUUCAUUAAAAAAACAUUUAGAUGUUCAUGGAACUGGAAAAUAUUCAUGUGAUCUCUGCCAUAAACAGUUAAAAUCUAGACAAUCUUUACAAGACCAUAUGUAUCGCCAUUACAACAUAAGAAAUUAUAAUUGUGAAGAUUGUGGUGAUACAUUUGUUACUUGUUCAGAACUAAUAAAUCAUAAAAAAAAGCACAGCAAUAUAAAAAAGGUUGAAUGUCAUCUGUGUGGUUAUAAAACACACACUAAAAAGAAUCUAAUUAUUCACCUCAAAAGACAUGCUGGUGAUAAAUCUUGUAAAUGUGAUAAUUGUCACAUGUCUUUCUUCACAAAUGGUGAUCUACAACGCCAUAAACGUGUUCACACUAGGGAGAAGCCUUUUCCUUGCCCCACAUGUGCCCAAAGGUUUACACACAGCACAAGUCUCAACAAGCACAUGAAAUCUGUACAUGGUAUAAAUAGUAAGUGGGCAGAUAUUAAGUUCAAAGUACGAAAAUAAAGACUGACUCUUUGAAAUUGAUGUCAUUAUAUAAAUAUGUGAAGUUUUAAUAAAAGAAAUAUAUAGAUA